UCUUUUCAUCUCCGUCUCCAACCUACGAGCUGUACAUUGAGUUUCCCAGAUAAGAGAAUCAAUUUCUAAUUAGUUUCUCCAAAGAAGAUGAAGCAACCCACGUUUCCCAGCGCGGCGGAGGAGGAAACCAAAUCAGAGCAAAACCAGACCGGAGCAAAGCAGAAAUCGAAGAAAUUCCCAACUGCAACGGAGCUAAUCUCACACUACCAGAAGGAAGGAGGGCUCGAAGCAGCCGAAGCCUCGGUUAAGGUAAUCGAAGACCUGCAAAACGCGCUCGUGCGAGUCGCUUCGUCAUCGAAGAACGCCUCCAGCAAGAGCAAGCUUCUAGCUGACGCGAGGAAAAUCGACGCCAUUAGUGGAAGGCUUGCCGUCGUGGACGCCAAGUUGGAGACGAAGCCUGGAUACGUCGAGACUUUCGCGUUAGGGUUAGCUUCCGGUGCAGCACUUAACGGAAUUAGCGCCGUUUGGCCUCACGUUACCAGAGGGAUCAGUCAGGUUUGGUCCGCCGUUAAGAGUGGGACAGAUCCGUCAGCUGCCUCUUAAACUGAAUAUUCUCUCCAGUGGUUCGGUUACUUGGUGUUGUAUUAGCUAACUUCAGUUUUUUCACUGUUGGAACAAAACAAAAUUAGUUUUUUUUUUUUUGUUAUCGUCUAUGUUUACUGUUGUUCCUGGUGGAAAAUGCAAAUAAGAAGAGUGAAUUGAAAAGUUUCAGCAAUCAGACA